AUGGCAGACGGGAAGGCGGGAGAGGAGAAGCCUGAGAAGCCGCAGCGAGCCGGAGCCGCCGGAGGACCUGAAGAAGAAGCAGAAAAACCUGGGAAAACUAAGACUGUUUCUUCCAGUAAUGGAGGGGAAAGUUCCAGUCGCAGCGCUGAAAAGCAAUCAGCUGAAGACGAAGCUGCAGACCUCCCAACAAAGCCUACAAAGAUGUCCAAGUUUGGAUUUGCCAUAGGUAGUCAGACGGCAAGGAAAGCAUCCGCCAUCUCCAUUAGACUUGGAGCAAGUAAGCCUAAGGAAACAGUUCCAACUCUUGCUCCAAAAACUCUUUCGGUGGCAGUAGCUUUCAAUGAAGACGAAGGACACACCAACAUCAGCCGGACCAAACUCCUUUAAUAAAGGAAAGCAUGGCUUUUCUGAUAACCAGAAGCUGUGGGAGCGAAAUAUAAAAUCUCAUCUUGGAAACGUCCAUGACCAAGACAAUUAAGUGAAGAGUUCUGAGAUUGGGGUGUGGGUGGGU